AUGAGGGAUAGGCACAUGGAUUCCAUGACAAAGUUUUGGGCCGAGAAGUACGACUGGGCCCUCUCAUGGAGACUACGAAGGGCGGUCGAGAGGGAGACGGGUCCGGUAAACGAGGACGCAGAGGAGGAAGUCCCGGCAAUCGCGCUCGUCGGUAUCCCGAAGCGGUGGUGGCAAGAGCAGCAGCGGUGGACGGUGCAGAGGUGGGUGGUGUCGAAGCCGUACUGGGGACGGGUGACAUGGGGGACUGAGAAAACGGAUCGCUACUGGAUUGCGGCUGAUGGAGAUCAACCAGAUCGUCUGGGUUCAGAGAAUAAGAAGGCAGAAGGGAAGACAGAGUUGAGAAGACAAUUCAAGGGGGUGGGUCACAGAGUCACUCUCUCGUCUCCCCCCUACGGCCCUAUAUCCCCCUUGGCUCGCUCCUAG